UCCGCACUAAACAACACACCCACACCUCGAAGCUCCACAACCCCACCUCCACACCCGCAGAGCCUCACCCAAUGGCUGCAAAGCUAUGCCCAUCUGCAUAGAGUGCCGUUAUCCCGUGAAGACAUUGUACACCGAGUAUUCGAAAGCUGACGAUCGCGCUCUGGGAAAGGGCGUGCGCUUGACACAAUGUCCGCGCUGCAAGAAGUUCGCUGACAAGUAUGUCGAGCAUGACUUUGUGGUGCUCUUCAUUGAUCUGGUCUUGAUUAAACCCCAAGUCUACCGCCAUCUCCUCUUCAACCGCCUUGGCCGCGACGACGACAAAUUCGACCGCUCCAUCCUCCGCCUCGGCAUCCUGCUCCUCCUCUUCGACGUCUACCUCACCUGGGCGCGCAUCGAGAAACUCCCGCUCCCACCCGAUUCCCCACACCACGCGUCGACACCCGCCUCGCUCCCGCCCACCAACGCCGCCAUCCUGCAGGCCCAGCCGCUCAUACUGCAGUACCUGUUCUUCCUGGCUCUCGUCACGCUCAGCACGCUCGCGUUUCACCUCCCGAUCCGGCUCCUCACGGGGCUCAACCCGGCGUCGCUCCCGCCCGCGCUGCGCUGCGUGUGGUCGCGCUUCGUGCCGUACUACCCGCAUCCGACGCCGCUGACUACGGCGCUGUUGGUGAGCAGCUGCACGAAGCUGUUCCCUAUACUGCUGAUUAUCUGGGACUAUGACUUGCCGAGCAGCGCGACGGCGGUCAGUUGGGCGGUCAUUGUGAAUAAUGUUGCGGCGCUGGAGAUACUCAUGGAUUGUGGCUACGUCAGGGCGGGUUUGUUGGUUGGGGUCGGCGCGGGGUUGAGAUGGGUCGUUGCGGGGAGUGUGGUGAGGCAGGCUGGAUUAGGGGUGGGGUGGGAAGAUGAGGGGGGUGAGAUCGAAGGCAUUCUUGGAGGGGUAGAGAGCUGGAUCAAGGGGGUUGGGUAAGACAACAGUUCGGGGGGAUAUAGGAUAGGAUACAACAUAAUACCUGUUUGCUCUUCCCUAUGCCAAGGUUUACGGGCGCAGUUCAUGUCGAGCACAUCGCUUGUAGUACACGAAAUUCAUGCCAGAGGUCAGAAACGAUUGUGCUC